CUCCAACUCGUUAAACUGGGAAAGCGGAGCUGAUUGUUGACGGAGGUGACUCGUGCACCCUAGAGGGGCAAAAUAACGGCAAGAGGGGCAAUAGUAAGGAAGACUCACCCCAACGGACAAGAAGUUCGCUAAACAGAAACUGAACCAGGACGGAAGAGGAACUCUUUCGCUUCUUUCUGAAGGUUUUUUUCGCUUCCACACCUCCUGACGAGACACACAUGCCGCUGUGAAAGCUGAGGUACGCAACUGUCGCUGCGCGCCAAGUCGCGAGAAAGCGCAAGCAGCUGCAGGGAAAUGUCCACGAAUCCGAUGCACAACGUAUUCGUAGCGAAGAAAAACUCUCUCCAACCAAAUCUGUUGUGCUGCAUUGUUGGAUGGAUAAAUUUCUUGAGGAAAAAACAGAGCUGUCGUCGAGGCACACAAAGACUGGAUUCACAACGAAGGCGUACACGAGAGUGCAUGCACAUGCAGCGGCGAUCUUUGCUCUAAGAAGAAAUGAACCUCUCGAAUUUAUGAGUUGUUCUGCAACUUUGUUAAGUUCUGUUUGUCGCACACUUUCUUAUACAUCGAUGCAGGGAUUCCUCCAUGUCAGAGACGUUUCAUGAGCCUCUCUGUCUCUUUAAAUUCCUCUUGUGUUGUCUUUCGAGAAAGUCGCUCGUCACCGCCGUUCCUCAUCAGGGACUUUCGAGACCGCCAGAAAACGCGUUCCCCUCCUUUUCAGAGGAUUGUCCACUUCUCUCUGCCUCCAGUUUUCAUCUUUGCGCGUCUCCUUUUUGAACGGUGCCGUCCUCUCGUGUUUUCACAGAACUUUAGUUCUCCUUCGGGUGUUUUUUCUAGAAUGGUGUAAAAGUCUCUUUGCUCCAGGACGCAGCUGGUGGCGUUGUCUUCAAAACAGGUGUCUUUUCACUAGCUAGAAGAGGGACUUUGAGUCUUCAGGAAAAAUCUUCGUUGGACGUUCGACCCGUCAUGGCGGCGCGCAAUCGGCUGCUCAUCGAACUUCGCGAGGCCCAACGGAUGAACGACUCUCAAGUCCGCCUCAUCCCAAACCACGACAACCUCUACGAGUGGGUAGCUGUGAUCGUCGGACCGAAGGAGUCACCCUACCAGAACGGCAAGUGGAAGCUCCGUCUCAUAUGCCCGCCGACGUAUCCUCUCUCGCCGCCUACAGUGACUUUUCUGACCAAGUGCUUCCACCCAAAUGUGGACUUCCGAACGGGUGCAGUUUGUCUCAACAUUCUUCGAGACGGAAGCUGGACUCCAGCGUGGAACCUCCACUACGUUUGUCUCGCGAUCUGUGCUCUCAUGGAUAUUCCGAACGCCGAUAGCCCGCUCAACUGCGACGCAGGAAAUCUGAUACGAUCGGGCGAUUUGCGAGGCUUCCGUUCGAUGGCGCGGAUGUACACAAUCGAAUAUGCGAGCGCCGAAAUCACACUUGAAUAGACACCCCGGCAAAGAGAGGGAAAAACGAGAAACGGACAGGUUAACCACUCACGUACAAACAGCUAUCUUUGGAUAUCGAAGAUCGUCAAAGCGUGCCUGAGCAUCGAACAUGAAGAGUGGAGAUGUAGACAACCUGUAUUGUCUCUCAUCAUGUCUCUCCUCGUGCUUUAUUCACGAAGUGUGCGGACAAAAAGAGCAGACCGACCAGAAAAAGAGGCAGGAAGAGUGAGGGAUUGAAUGACGAGAACGAAGUGGAGGGUUAGCAAAUGCAGAUAGUGAAGGAAAGAGGGGUGUAGACAGGAAAGACAUUACGGUGAAAGGAGCCAGAUGGGCGACACUGUAGCUACUGCUUUCUCACAGACGACUCGCUUCCAAAUGGCCGAGCCAGCGAGACUGGGCACCCGUGCCACGUGGUCUCUCCGAGGCAAGACACACCCCUAGCCAGAAGCAAUACAAGUGCCAGACAACGCCUGCGGAUUUUACGGGGCGUCUGCAAGUCGAAAUGCCGUUUUUCGUCGCCCGUCCGGGUCCUCAGCUACCAUGUAUGUUGGCACGCAACCAAAUGUAGACGAGCAAUGAAUUGUGGUGGAGAAAAGGCUUGGAUAAGUUUUAAGGGUAACGUAAAUUGCGACACCAGUGAACGAUGCCUUCACUUAUGGGGAGGGCCGCUUUGAUCGACGAAAGCUUGAACAGCUACCGGUGUAAAUGAGACAGAAAAUCGUUUGUUGCCGUUUGUCGUCGGCUUGGAUGCGACUUACAACCGUGAACACGUUCCUCAGGUGACUGUUAACGGAUCGGUGAAAGACUGACACAAAUGUUUCCACUUGCAACUUUAACUCGGAAUAUCAAUUUUAAGAAU